AAGAAGAAGCUUAAGGCUGAGAAUAAGGCUGUCUAUGUUACCGGACUCCCACUUGACGCAACCGCCGACGAGAUCGACGACGUCUUCAGCCGGUAUUGCGGGAUGAUUGCUGUUGGCACCGAUGGCAACAAGCGCAUCAAGCUAUACAACGGCGAUGACGGCAAGUUCAAAGGCGAGGCUUUGGUGGUCUUCUUCAGGAAAGAAUCCAUUGCGCAGGCGCUACGAAUGCUCGAUGAGCAGCCACUUCGAAUCGGUGGCGGGGAGAUCAUGCACAUCCAAGAAGCAGACAUGUCGUACAAGAAAAACGAGAUUGCCCAGCUCAAGGGCAUGGCCAAGAAGGCGCAGGUUCAGAACCGGGCUGCUAUGGAACGUGAAGUCAACGAUUGGUCAGAAGACGAGGAGAUCCUGAAGGAGCUACCAGUCGACGAGAAAAAGGAGAACAAACACAAAAAGAUCGUCAUCGUCAAACACGCCUUCACGCUCGAGGAGAUCGAAGAGAACCCAGCUCUAAUUCUAGACAUUAAGCAAGAUUUGCGCGAGGAAGCUGAAAAACAUGGACCUGUGACCAACGUUGUCUUGUACGACAAGGAGCCGGACGGCAUCGUCACAGUGCGAUUCCAAUCUACCGCCUCCACUGAGGGUUUCAUCAUGAAUACGGACGGCAGAUUCUAUGGCGGCCAGCAGCUCGAGUCGGUUGUUGCUGAGCACAAGCCAAUGUUCCAGAAGAGCAAGAAGUAUGAUCAGGUGGAGUGGGUUGCGGACUCGGACUCGGACUAG